AGCACCACCAUGCCACUCUCAGUGCAGACCUCUGGGCUGUCCAGGCAACUGUCUUCCCAGAGUGGGGCACUAGGCAGAGCCAGGGGCAUGGCUGCUUCCAGUGUUGGGAGUGGCUCUGCCGGAAGCACGCUUGGCUUUGGAGGCAGCUGUCGGGGAGGCUUUUCUGCUGCUUCCAUGUCUGGUUCUAGCUUUGGCUUAGGUGGUGGCUUUGGAAGUCCUUUUGCAGGAGGACUGGGCCCUGCUUAUAGGGGAGCCGUGGAUAGUGGCUUUGGAGGCCUGGGGAUUGGAUUUGGGAGCAGCUCAGGAGGCGGCUCUCUAGGUAUUCUCUCUGGCAAUGGUGGAGGCCUUCUUUCCGGAUCAGAAGAGGAAACCAUGCAAAAUCUUAAUGACAGAUUGGCUUCCUAUCUGGAUAAGGUUCAGGCUCUAGAAGAAGCUAAUACUGAGCUAGAAAACAAAAUUCGAGAAUGGUAUGAAACACGAGGAUCUGGGACUGAAGAUCCGGGGUCACAGAGUGAUUAUAAUAAAUAUUAUCCAAGGAUUGAAGACCUCAGGAAUCAGAUCAUUUCUGCCAGCAUUGGAAACACCCAGCUCGUCUUGCAGAUUAACAAUGCAAGACUGGCUGCCGAAGACUUCAGAAUGGAGGAACAGCGCUCAUGCACAUCCCCUCGCCCCUCUUUUCUGUGGCAGAGCGGGGAGCUCAGGAAAGAGAUCAGCACCAACACGGAGCAGCUUCAGUCCAGCAAGAGCGAGGUCACCGAACCGAGGCGCGCCUUUCAAAACCUGGAGAUCCAGCUCCAGUCCCGGCUUGCCAGGAAGAAAUCCCUGGAGGGCUCCUUGGCCCAAACCGAGGGCGACUACUGCGGCCAGCUGUCGCAGGCGCAGCAGCUCAUCGGCAGCCUGGAGGAGCAGCUGCUCCAAGGGCGCGCAGACACCGAGCGCCAGAACGCUGACCACCAGCGGCUGCUGAACGGCAAGGCCCGCCUGGAGCUAGAGAUGGAGACCUACCGCCGCCUGCUGGACCGCGAGGCCCAUGGAGACGGUUUGGAUGACAGUUCAUCUGUAACAGACUCCACAUCUCAAGCACAAUCCUUUGACUCCUCCAAAGACCCUACCAAAGCCCGAAAAAUCAAGACAAUUAUCCAUAAAGUGGUGAACGAUGAGGUGGUCUCAUCCCAAGUUCAGAAACUUGAACAAUUAAUAUAA